AUGAAAUAUUUAAAAAAAUAUUAUACGUUAUUAACAAUACCAAAUCAAAUUUGUUUAAAAACAAUAUUAAAUAGGGUAAAUGUUAAUGACAUUUCAAUAGAAUUUGAAGAAGAAUUACAAAAGACAUGUACAGAUAUUACAGAUCCAUCAACAAGAACGGAAGUGAGUGAAGUUGAUCUUGGCAAUAGCAAUGAAAAUAUACCAAAACGAAAUAACAUUGUCCCUGUAACUAAAUUACAAAAGAGUGAACCAAAAUAUUCAUUUGCUAGAUAUUGGAUUCUUGACUCAAUUAGAGCACAACAUUUUAUGAAAACUAUUCAAGAAUUACCAAAAAAAAUUUUUGAUGAAGUUGAAGAAAUUAAUGAAAUAAAUGUAUUUGAAAAAGAAUUUGUUAUGGAGAAAUGUGAAUUUAAACAAAGAAAUGAUAUAAAUGAGAAUUUAUAUAUUCCAAUGUUUAUAAAUGUUCCUAAAAAAUUAACUCCAACACAAGAAUUUAGAAUUGAAAAAGAUCAUCAACCAAUUAUAUUUAAAUUCUUUUUUAAAGAUGAUGUUAAAUUAGGAAAUGUUAUUAUUGUUUGUAGACCAACAGAAGACCAAAUGAAUAAUGGUUGUAUUGUUUUUGGACAAUAUAAAUUUAAUUAUAUUGGAACUAUUGGAAGAAAUGAACCAUUUGGAGUAUUUAUUGAUUUUACUCAUAGUCGUAAUUCUCUUGAAUUUUUAAGUCAUUUUCCAGGAGUAGAAGAUAAGGUAUCACCAAUUAAUUGUAUUCAUUAUUUUAGUAUUUUUCAAAAAGCAACACCAAUAGAGAUUACAGAUGGAACAUAUUAUCCAGACGUUACAAUAAUGGAAAUAAUUCCAGAUCAAUUAACAUACACAGGUAUUAUUUCUUAUGACUUAGUAACUCUUUAUUGGUCUAAAAUAUCAAGAGAUAAGAAAUCAGUUUAUAGUGUUCCAACAUUAUUAAGACUAUUAUAUAAAGGAUAUCUUGGUGAUUUUAUUGUCUCACAAACAAUUGAAAAUAAAGUUUAUGUUCAUCGUCAAAUGUUAAGUCUUAUUGGUGAUGUUGGUCAAAUUUUAUUGUUUGAUAGAUCAAAUGCUGUUCCAUAUGGUAUGAUAUCACAUAAUGUUGUUGCAAUGUUAUUACAUUAUGGAGUUAAACCUGAUUUAUUAUUUUCUAAAGUAGAAAAACACGUUUCAGAAAAGAAAAUCACUAGCAUUAUGACAAGAGACAAUUCACAAUAUCUUUAUAGUAUUAUUGAUCAACAAGAACCUUUUUCUAAAGCAUUAAAAGAACAUAUUAAUAUUUCUCAAUUAUUGUUACAAAGACAUAUUCCAUUAUAUCCAUCAUAUAGACUUGUAGGAGUAUUAGACCCUUAUGGAAUAUUAGAACCAGGAGAAAUUGCAAUAGGGUUAGUCAAAAAUAUAUUAAUAUCAUUUGGUAAAACAGCACUUGUUGCAAAUAAUAAUGAUAUACAUCCACUUUCAUUAAAAAGGUUUAUAAUAAAUAACUCAAAAUAUCCAAUAAAUGAUUUUACUGGAUGCAUUAUUUUUAGUUCAAAAGAUCCAUAUUAUUAUGUUAAUACAGAAUUUGACUCUAUUAACUUUACAUAUAGAAGAAGUGACUUUAUUGUAUUUCAAGAAAAAGAAAGAAAAGAAGAUAGACAAGAUGAAUUAAUGAAACUUGAUAUUGAAAAUGUUAUUGAUAUGAUGGAAGUAAAACAACCAUUUUUUAAUCUUAUUGGAAGAAUUAUUAAUCAAACAAGUUUUCAACAAGAAAAGUUUAUUCAUUCUCAUUUACUAAAUUCAUUAAUUAAUAAUGAUUUAGAAUCAUUUCAGUCAUUUGCAGAUACAUUUAUUAAGUUAAAACAUACAGAUAAAAUUAUGGAAGUAAGAGAAUGUUUAUUUAGAAUUAGAAAAAUACCUUAUUCAAUUAAUUUUUUUGGAGUACCAUUAGAUGCUAUUACUUCUCAUCAAAGAUUUAAUGAUUUAUUAAAUACAUUCAUUGAACAAGAAGCAAAAAAAAUAGAAACAUUAUAUAAAUCUUCUUCAAGAAAAGAAUAUGCAAAUAAACAAUUAUUAAAUGAUGCAAAUGAAUGUAAUGAAGAUUUAAUUCAACAAGCAAGAAAACAAUGGUUUUAUUAUUCAACAAAAUUAAAUAAAAUUUUAAAAAAUAAUCCAAAUUGGUUAAUAGAAUUUCUAAUUGGUUCUUCAUUAAGAAAAGGUUCUCAAGAACGUGCAAUUGAAAAAUUAAAAAAUAAAUAUAAAUUAUUUAAUUGUGAAGAAAAAACAAGAAGGUUAGUUGCUUUAGCUCGUUAUAAAGUUGUUUAUACUGAACAAAUAGAAAAUGAAACUAUAUUAUUAUCUCCUAGUUUUGCAUUUAUAUUAUCCCAAGAAUUAUUCUUGACAAAAGAAGAAACAUUUGCUUUACAAUCAAAUAAUGCAAUUAUUCAUUUAGAAUAA